UGGUCACAUGACCAGGGAGGGUCGCUGCUGCUGCUGCUGCUGUGUGGGCGAGCUGUCAACGAGAAUAAAAACUGUCAACAAAGCUGUUGGUGUCGGGUACAUGUGCGUGUAUAAUCCACCUACCGUGUUGUUUAGCGGUGUCCCAGGAUUUUUCUCAAGCAUUAUGGAGCUAAUAGGAGGUAUAUUGCACACCCCGUGACAUGUGGGCUGAAGCUGGAUCAUGCCACCUUGCACCUUGUAUUAAACAACACAGUUUCCUGCUGUCAUCAUGGCCUCCGGCUACCCACCCCCCUUUGAGGGGACAGGUGAAGUGAAGGAGGGCUUUCUUUGCCCACUGUGCCUGAAGGACCUUCAGUCAUUUUACCAACUCCAAGGCCACUAUGAAGAGGAGCACUCGGGGGAUGAUGGUCUUGUUCGGGGACAGCUCAAAAGUUUGGUUCAGAGAGCAAAGAAAGCCACAGAUAAACUGUUGAAGAGGGAUGGUGAUGAUAGACCGGACACUGGCACUUAUGAAUCUUUCUACUAUGGUGGAGUUGACCCGUAUAUGUGGGAGCCUCAGGAACUAGGAGCAACCAGAAGUCACCUGGACGUCUUUAAGAAACUGCGUGCAGCCCGAAUAGAUCAUUAUGUCAUUGAAGUGAACAAACUCAUCAUCAGACUGGAAAAGUUGACAGCGUUUGACAGAGUCAACUCAGAUUCUGCAAAAAUCAGAGCUAUUGAGAAGUCUGUAGUGUCAUGGGUGAACGACGCCGAUGUCCCAUUCUGUCCUGACUGUGGAAGCAAGUUCAACAUCCGUAACAGGCGACACCACUGUCGCCUCUGUGGGUCCAUAAUGUGUAGGAGGUGCAUGGAGUUUGUCCCCCUACCUAUGGCACAAAAGCUCAUAACUGGCACUCGAGAGGCCCUGUGUGUGCCUGGCAGUCCUGGUCAGUCCCAGCCGACCCCAGCAGGAGGGGGCAGCAGCGGGAUGGGCUCAAGGAGAGGUAGCAUCAGCAGCUUGAGCAGCGUCACCUCCAUGCUGGAGGAAAAGGAUGACGAGAAGAUCCGUUGCUGUCACCACUGCAUGGACACGCUGCUGAAGAGACAGGAGAAGUUAGAGGAGAAAGACCACGUGCCGGACAUUGUAAAACUUUACGAGAGGCUCAGGAUGUGCAUGGAGAAGGUGGAUGAAAAGGCUCCCGAGUAUAUUCGAAUGGCGGAGUCUCUCAAUGCCGGGGAAACCACAUACAAUCUCGACACAGCGGGUGGAUUGAGACUGGAAGUCCAGAAAUACUACGAACUAAUUGAUGCUUUAAGUAAGAAGAUUUUAACACUUGGGGUUAAAGAUGACCCUCCACCACACCCAAAGUCACUACAGUUGCAGAGGAUGAUUCGUUACUCUGCCACACUAUUUGUCCAGGAGAAGCUGUUGGGGCUGAUGUCUUUACCCACUAGGGAGAAAUAUGAAGAGCUGAAAGAAAAGCGAAAACAGGAACAAGAGAGGAGACUUCAACAAGAGAGACUGGCUGCCCAAGAGUCUCUAAAAAAGAGGCAGGAGUCUGAAAAAAACCGUCCCCCUGCCAAUGGAGAGCUGCCCCAGGCUCCUAGAAUACCCCGCAUGACCAAAGCUGGUGGUUGGUUGCCCUCUGCAAACUCUGUCAAUGUAGGCGGCGAGCUAGAAGAUCCGCUCCUGCAACAGAUUGAGAACAUUCAGUCAUUUCUCCGUCAGGCGCGUGAGGCUCAGAGAGCAGAUGAGGUAGCCAUGUUGGAAGAAAACUUGCGCCAGCUGCAGGAUGAAUAUGACCAGCAGCAGACGAGCAUCGCCAUCGCUCUCUCCCAGAAGCAGGCUGAAGAGGAAAGCUUGCAGCAGGGGGAGUUCCAGCGCUUGGAUGCCUGGGAAAGGGAGGGGAGGGAACAGUGGGUCUCCACCGUCAGCUCCACCAAACCUUCUUUUACCUGGGAGCCAUCUCUAGAUGUCAGCCCAACAAAAAGCGUCAAGGGAGAGGAGGACACGACAUCAGAGAUCUUGACCCCCAAAGCUGAGAGGAGUCCGUCGACUGUAAGGGCAUUACCCACUUUCACGUCCCAGGAGGACUCUCCUCCCAGGUUGAGGAGCUUAGGAGGGCACGUCACCCCCCCUGGUGGUGAGAGCCAGAGCAGCACCUCUCUUAACCCUUUUGAAGAAGAUUCCACUCCAAUUGAGGACGAUCCAUCUAAUCCCUUUUUUGAAGACAUCAAAAAGGAACACAAAGAGGUAACCAAUGGGAAGAAAGAAUACAAUCCCUUUGAUGAAGAUGCAGAUGCAGGGGAGGUCAAACAGGCCGACAGUGUGCCUAGCAACCCUUUUGAAGAGGAAGACACAGAUGCUGGUAACCCUUUCAUGGGUUCCCACAUGAAUUCACCAGAAGUCUCCACCAAUCCCUUUGACGAGGCCAAUGAUGAGGAUUUGCCUGAUGUGGACAUGAUAGAGGAGGAGCUGCUGCUGCAGCAGAUUGACAACAUUAGAGCCUACAUUUUUGAUGCAAAGCUCAGCGGCCGUCUGGAUGAAGUUGAGCUCCUGUCAGAGAAUCUGAAAGAACUACAGCACACCCUACAGGAACAGAAGAAGAAGCACUGACACAUUUCCCCCCACCCCACCGGCUUCUUACCAAGUUCUAUUGGCCUAGUUCACUUUAGAUGACUUAUGAGCCCAGCGAGGUUAGUUUGGGCGAGGUCUGUGCACCACAGGUUAAUGUCUACGUUGAAACUCAGUAAUCUGGGUUGAAUCCUCUUAACUCCCAGAAUCGUUCUAAACCACUUUGCAUAGGCCUGACGUCCAUCCUAACAUGCACAAUUUUUAAAGACUGGCAAUGAAAACUAAUUUGUACAAGCAUGUGUGUUAAAUAUGAAUACAGUUGCAAUAAUGCAAACAAGAACAAUGGAGGACAGAAGAAUGUCAUUUGAGUGAUUGUUGAAUCAGAUGGUCUCACUGCAGUCUUGAUGAAGAAGUGUUGAUGAAGAAGUGAUUUGGGUCCUGAGUGGAAGCUGCUAACAUUUAUUUUUUCUUUUUAUUAAGAAAAGAAAAACCCAAAAGCUUUCCUCUAGUGAGCUACUAAAGUAGCACCAGACUCACAAUGGACAGUUUUGAAAAUGAUGAUCCAAAUAAAUCAGUUACUCACAGUUCAAGUGCUGUUGAUAGUUUUGACAGUGAUGAUUAAAAUCAGUUCACAGAAUAUAUUCGUUAUCAUCAUAGUACAUUUACAACAGAAUAUAAAACUAAACUAUGAAGCCUCGUUUAACCAGCCAUGAAUAAAACUCGAUCCAAAUUACUGUCCGAUUGUUAAGAGAAUAGGAAAAAAUGACUUUCAUGACUGUAAAGGAGAAGUUGAUCAUAUGAUGGAAAUUUACUUUGACAAUUUAUUAAGUAUUAUUUGAUCAUUUCAGUUACAGCACAUUCACCAAUUGUUGUUGCAACGCUCAAGUCUUUAGCUUGUGGAUUACAAACAAUUAGUUGUUUUUGUUUUAUGUCACUGAUGCCGAUAGUUUAAAUUACUCCGCUAUUAACCAUAUGUGUGGUACCGUGGCUGUGACUGAAGUAUUUGCUAAAUAACAGCUGUUUAAAACUUUAAACUUCCACCAUAUUGUUCCCCUAUAAAUCAAAAUUAAAUAGUUAAAUAUGUCCCUAGUGGUUGACAUUUACUGUCUUAUGUCAGUCUGUUUAAUUCGCUGCCUUUAUCACAAGUAAUUUGUGUCAUGGGGUUAAAGAGAAAUACAGUGUUGUUUAAAGCGGGACUUAAACUGCACGUCUCUGUGAUUUUAAGGCAGUGGCUGGACUUGUCUUCCUGAUCGUUUAAUUUAGUGAGUUGGAACAUACUUGUAAAACAUCCUCCUGGUCCUGAGAUGCACAUUAUCUCCUCACUAGUUGAAGUCCAUCCAGCGUUCAUCUAAACGACUCACCCAGCACUUGCUGUGCAGGUAACUUAACAGUAUUUGCCAGGACACAAUGCAGAUAACUAUAAUGAAGAUAUAAAAAUAGCUGAACUCUUUGGGUGUACAGAAAUGAUCCAUAGUUGUUAUGAUUAAAACAGUCCAAAGCAACAGUUUGAUAUGCUUCUGCCAGACAUAUGAACACUACAUGAAUGCCAGCAAGUAUUAAUAACAGUCACAGUGCUGCUGACUCCUAACCUGAAUUUGUAAUUGUGCUUUCUGUUCGAGGGUCCAUUUACUGUUUGUCUGCUCAUCUGUGACAUCUGCAGAAGAUAUGAAGCAAAACUGGUGAAACUAAAUGUUUUGUGACAUUGUGUUAAAUUUCUCAAAGAGCUGCUUCAAUGUAUGCUAGCAGUUUUUAGCUUUGGAAAAAAAACAUGCAAAAACUGAUCAUUUGACAUGUAACCAUCAGUUCAACUUGACAAAAUUCCAUCUCAGCAUCUAUUAAAAUGAUCAAAUAUGGGGCUGUUUGUUGUUUUUGUUGUUUUAAUGGUAUUCAGUCUAACCUCAGCUUCCCUACUUGAAAACAAUCAUCAUUGAUCAGCCACACCAAUGAAAUCCAGUGUUUCAUAUUGUGGUCCCCCGCCUGCUGCCACAACAGCUGUGACUCACAGGGAUAGAGACGCUGAACAUCUUGCAGCUGGUCCUUUGCAUCCUUGUGUUUAGGGCUAUUCGAUCAGACCUUAUUCAAAUGGAGAAAAUCAGGGCUGGGUAAAGGAGGGAGUUGCACAUGUUCUAUGGUCUGUCAUUACCUGCAAGUGCUGAGUCUGGAGUGAAACUAAUGUCCACACGAAUUCAGACCAAACCAGACCAGUAGAACUUUGCAGCAUAGAGAUGAUUUGUUAUCCCCUGUCAGUGGUGUUAGUCUAGCAGCUGAUCGGCGUGUCAUGUGGUUAGGAUUACUGAGAAUUUUGAUUUUCCAGUGGAAAGGAAGAACAUCAGUAACCAGAGCCUGGUCAAGCAUGGCUUUUAUUUAAAAAGUUAUCAUUCCUGCACAUCCAGAACCCAGAUCUGCAUGAUGUAAAUUGAAUGUAUAGCUGUGAAGAAUAACAAAGUUGUGAGCUGGGAGGCUCUUGCUGCUGUAGACUGGAGCAGACUGUGAGUCCUUUCAUAUGGUUGUUUGAAAAAGAC